AUGAAGAAUGACCUUCAGAAGGAAACAGACCCAGUGCCUGAUGGAUAUAUUCUCUUCAUUCUUAUGAACUACCUACCUGGGGUGCAACUGAGCGAGGCUAUCUUCUGGGGGUUGGAAGCCUCGGAGCGUGAGCAGAUACGUCAAGCCUUUAAACUUGCCUGGCUCGACUGUAUUCGCUCGGGGAUUUUACCAGCACUCCAAGAUAUAGAGCACGUCUUCUGGGACGGAGCAGCGAACAAGGCUUAUAUCACCAGCUUUCGAAUGAGUGAGCCUGCAGGGGCAGAUAUCAUGUGGCGGGAUACCGAAUGGAUUGCUUGGGACAUGGCGAAACCUCAAGAUAAAUAUGCCUGGUAUAAGGACAAGAAUCCUCACCCAGACAUGAGCAAGUGGACACUCUGA